CGGGGCAGUACUACUCUGUCCUGUAGGUUCUCUGUGAGUUGUAAUCGACUCGACGGCAGCGGGUUUGGUUUUGGUUUUUGAGCACCUAGUUGUUGUCGUCCUUGUCGUUGUUAGCUGCUGUGGAGUCGAUUCUGACUCAUGGCGACCCCAUGUGUAGGUGCUCAAAUAUUUGUUGAUUGACAUAGGGGGCUUCCUAUAAUCUCCUGGAGGAGACUAGAACCGAGACAUCUACUAUUCGAUCUACAUUAACAGCUAGGAGUGAUCCUUAAAGGCAAAUCUGAUCAUGUCACUUGUUUAGGGAAGAAAACCCAGUCUAUCUCUCUAGCUUCAUUUUAAGCCCGGCUUUCCCACACUCCUCGGUUCCAAACAGACUCCCCUCACCCCCAAUUCCUUGGGUGCGUCACAUUCUCUUCUGUCACUGAGAGCCUUUUUACACUUUUCUCUCUCCCAGAAAAAUGUGCUCCCUCCCCCUACUUCCUCCUAGUAAACUCCUAUUUAUCCUUCAGCUAUCAUCUUUAAGUCACUGCAGCAGGGAAGCCUUUCCCUACUUCUGAUACUAGUUUGGGUCUGUCCAUUACCCUAAAUUUUUUUCUUUAUAGCAAUCCUUAUGUUUACAUAUUUGCAUGAUCACUGAUUCUUGAGUGUCUCGUGCUGAGAUUGUAUGCCCCUUGAAGGCAGGGAUCAGGUCUGUUUUGCCCACCUUGAAGUGCUUAAUAAAUAUUUGAUGAAUGAUUGAAUUAAUAAAUGAAUGAGGGACUCACCAUCUGGCGGUGGUAAUUAGAGAAAAGCAUUGUGGAUCACGUUUCAGCUAGGAUAGUGGUUCUCCACUCAAUAAGAUCUGACGCUUCUCUUUUUCAUAUUUUGCAACUUCUCUUUAUUGUCCUGAAAUGGAAUUUAUGUAUAAGUAUUCUUUCUAUGUAUAAUUCUUAAAAAUCAACACAAUGUCCUAACUGGACUAUAAAGGAGAAAUUAAAUGAAAGUAGUUUAUAAUAAAAUAACAUAUUUCAAUAUGCAAAUUUUGGGGCAUGACUCACCUAGAAAUUGAGAUAGUCGGUUCUUUGAACCUGUACUUAGAAACUCGAAUGCUAUAGGUAUAUUAAGAUAUAUUAAGGAGCCCGGGUGGUGCAACGGUUAAGUGCUUGGCUGCUAACUAAAAGGUUGGUGGUUGGAACGAACCCAGUGGCUCCACAGGAGAAAGACCUGGCGAUCUGCUCCCGUAAAGAUUAUAGCUUAGAAAACCCUAUGGGGCAGUUCUGCUCUGUCACAUGGGUCUCUAUGAGUCAAAAUCGACUUGAUGGCACCUGACAAAAACAACAGGUAUAUUGUUAACUCAACCACCCCAAGCACUGUACCACACUUUUCUGAAAUUGUGAAUAAUUCUUGGUAAAGUUCAGUACAAAACAGUACAGUUGUCCCUCAAUUUACCAGGUAAUUGCAUUCCUGGGAAAGUCAAUGUAUAUGAAUACCAUACAGUAGAUACUUUGUUUUUAUGUGGUGAAAUACAGUUAGUUCUGGGUUCAGAUCAUUAAGAACAGAAUUUUUUUUUUACCUACAUGAGUGUCAGAGGGCAUUCAGAAGUUAUACAGGAUGUGGGACAAUUCAUGUGUCAGACUGUUUCAAGCAUUGCAGGAAUCUGACCUAACCGAUUGUUGCCACUAAACCCAUUAGCACUCCCCUAUCACUGUGACCAGCAACAAUGCCCCCUAAAUGCUCCCUAGGGGGCAGUACUGCCCCUCUUAAAAAUAUCUGGCCUGCAAUCCUAAGGAAAGCCUUCAAGGCCAGGUAAGUGUGUGUGUCAGCACAAGUGUAGAUACAGACUCUGACUGUAGAGGCCAGUGUGUGACUAGAAAUGAAGGAGAACACUGUCAGCAGAAGGCCAGGGACAUCACUUCAUAUGACAUGCUGUUAUGUCCUCUGUGUGUGUGGGAGUAAAGGGCUUAGAGGGUGCUGCAUCCUGGCAUUGAGGGGGCCUCUGAUGUGCUCUUUUUCCCAGAAGCGGGCCCAGGAUGCCGUGGUCAUCCUGGGGGGUGGAGGACUUCUCUUCGCUUCCUACCUGACUGCCGUAGGAGAUGAGCAUUUCUAUGCUGAACACUUGAUGCCAGCUCUGCAGGGGCUGCUGGACCCUGAGUCAGCCCACAAGCUGGCUAUUCGUUUUACCUCCUUAGGGCUACUUCCUCGUGCCACGUUUCAAGACUCUGACAUGCUGGAAGUGAGGAUUAUGGGCCAUAAAUUCCGAAAUCCAGUAGGAAUUGCUGCAGGAUUUGACAAGCAUGGGGAAGCUGUGGAUGGACUUUUUAAGAUGGGCUUUGGCUUUGUUGAGAUAGGAAGCGUUACUCCAAAACCUCAGGAAGGAAACCCCAGACCCAGAGUCUUCCGCCUUCCCGAGGACCAAGCCAUCAUUAACAGAUACGGAUUUAACAGUCAUGGAUUCUCAGUGGUGGAGCACAGGUUACGGGCCAGGCAGCAGAAGCAGACCAAGCUCUCAGAAGCUGGGCUGCUACUGGGAAUAAACCUGGGGAAGAAUAAGAUGUCAGUGGAUGCUGCUGCGGACUACACAGAAGGGGUACGAGUCCUGGGCCCCUUGGCUGACUACCUGGUAGUGAACGUGUCCAGUCCCAAUACAGCAGGGCUGCGAAGCCUUCAGGGAAAGGCCAAGCUGCACCACCUGCUGACCAAGGUACUGCAGGAAAGGGACGCCCUGAAGGGAGCGCACAAGCCGGCUGUGCUGGUGAAGAUCGCCCCCGACCUCACAGCCCAGGAUAAGGAGGAUAUCGCCGGGGUGGUGAGAGAGCUGGGCAUUGAUGGACUGAUUGUCACAAACACCACCUUGAGUCGCCCUGCCAGCCUGCAGGGUGCCCUGCGCUCUGAAACAGGAGGGCUGAGUGGGAAGCCCCUCCGGGACUUGUCAACUCAGACCAUUCGAGAGAUGUAUGCACUCACUCAAGGGAGAGUUCCCAUCAUUGGGGUUGGCGGUGUCAGCAGUGGGCAGGAUGCGCUGGAGAAGAUCCGGGCAGGGGCCUGCUUGGUGCAGCUGUACACAGCCCUCACCUACUGGGGCCCACCUGUGGUAGGCAAAGUCAAGCACGAGCUGGAGGCCCUUUUGAAAGAACAAGGUUUUAGCAGCAUCACAGAGGCCAUUGGAGCAGAUCAUCGGAGGUGAGGAUGUUGUCUGGUGGAAAGCCGUUCUGUAACCUUCUCACUAAAUCAGAUGAACCCUGUGGCUGCAUCGUGGGAGGAGGGACUGUUUUCAGCCAGAUGCCCCAAACCAUAAGAGUCCUUCCUUGAUGGCCUGGCCAGACUGUAAAAGACAAUCACGAGGAUCACCAGCAUCAACAGAAGGCGUUCUGCAAUCACUUGGUCAGACCAUAAAGUGCCAUUGUGAUUCUUUCUAUAUUCAGAUUCCAAGAUCCUUCAAUAUUGCAAGGACAUUGGAUAUUUGGGGGUGAGGGUGGGGGAAUCAUGGAA